UUUUAGUUUAUAGCCUAGGGUGUAAUGUUGCCUUCAUCACGUUUUCUGUUUGAGAUAAACGAAGACUAAAUCUGAUUGCCACGUUAUAAACCAUAUUAUCGCUAAACACUUAGUAGCAGUUCCCCACGAAUUACAUGUCUCCAUCAUUGACUGAGUUAUUAUAUAUAUAUUUCAAGAACACUUUCCCUCAAUCAAUACAAAUGUUGUUCUUUUACAUACUUGUAAAUUUGAUACCUAGCUAGCACAUAAAAGAGUAUUUAAAACGGAAUACAAAAGAAAUGAAGUAGGACAUUAUGAAAUGUAAUCGUUCCUUAAUAUUGUCGCAAAGUUUUGAUUAUUAGUAGGAAUUUUACACACAACAAAAUGUAUUUAUUAGAGUUAGUUUGUCUUAACUUUUAAAUAAUGAGAUUUAAAUAAUGUAGGAAGUCUAGGCGGUGUGUUACAAAAUCUAUACAAGCUUGUAUACCUUUCUUUGUUAUUGCACGUAAAGAAAUCAAACUGUUCAACUGACAUAUAUAAAAUAUGAAAUCAACAAGUAGAUAAAUUAAACAAUAAUUAGACUAAAGGGCCAAAUUGUUCCAGACCUACAAGCUUCAUGUACCCCCCCUCCUCCUACAUUCAUAUAUAUAUAGAUGUCAUAUUUGAAAGGAUUUGACAAACAAAAAGUCUAAAUUAAUACGAUUUUUAGCUUCUCACGUCUUUCUUUUCAAUAAGAUCCAACCUACUCUUCAUCAAGCUCUUCUCUCAGAAAGCUCAAAUGGAAAACUCAGCACUAAGCAAUGUCGUGAGGCGAACAGUAAUCUCUAAUCAACAGAGAACAAUACAAGAGGGUCUAGAAGAGAGUAGUUGGGAUAUGUACGUUGAAACCGAAGAUGGUAUCAGCCAUUAUGAAGAUUCUUCCAUGAUCUCAGAUGCUGCGUCUCCUAUAAUCUAUGUCGAAGAAGACACGGCUUCAUCUCCGUCUAACAGAACCAAGGGUUGCAGUGAAAUGGAGAACAAUACGACAGAAGGAAAAACCAUGAACAAUUCUAAAACUGAGGAGAAAGGAUUGAAUAAGAAAGGGAUAAUGAAUGAAGAAUAUUGCGCAGAAUUGAAGAAGAGAGGACUUUGUUUAGUGCCUUUGUCGAUGUUGUACAACUACAUUGGUUGA